GGCCUACGUUUCUUGAUUCACGUUGCAGCGUUCGCUGCACCCAUCAUUGCUUUAUGUUCGCAAUGACGAAGCGACCAUCUCGUGAACAAAUGUAGAAGAAGAAUAAGGAACAAAAAUAAAUUCCUAUAAAUUAUCAAGGUGGAGGUAUCCAUGGAUAGAGGUAUGAAAUCUAUAAAUGAUUAUUAUCUGUGGUUGAGUAAAUCAUAACCUCUAUACAAAUGUAAACUGAAAAGCUUGGUAACACAUAGUAACACAGUUGGUGUUUUUAUACAAACUUUAAAUAUGGAAACGAUAUUAGAGCAACAACGACGCUAUCACGAGGAAAGGGAGAGAUUAAUGGAUGCGAUGGUAAAAGAAAUGCUUUAUAAAAAGGCAGGACACAGGGAGAGCAUAAAUUCGGAGCAUCGAUUAAAGAUGUUACUUGAUCAAUACAUGGACAGUACCUUGCAUUUGCAAGACUUGUACGAAGAUAAAGAUGGGCAAAGAAAAGAGGAGGUUCAAGCACUUUCGGGUCCAAACGAAUUUUCGGAGUUUUAUUCCCGUUUGAAAUCGAUAAAAGAGUUUUACCGAAGACAUCCUAACGAAAUAAGUAUUCCAAUGUCCGUUGAAUUCGAAGAGCUGGCCAAAAUGAGAGAAAACCCAACAGAAGAGCUUUCAAAUCUUGUUGAGUUUACUGAUGAGGAAGGUUAUGGAAAGUACCUUGAUCUUCACGAAUGUUAUGAGAAGUACAUUAAUCUCAAAGGAAUAGAAAAAGUAGACUAUAUUACAUAUUUAUCAACUUUUGAUCACUUGUUUGAUAUACCAAGAGAAAGGAAAAAUGCUGAGUAUCAAAGAUACGUAGAAUCUUUGUUAGAAUAUACAACAGAUUACUUAAGUAGAGUCAGACCCUUGCUUGACUUAAACGGAGAGGUUCAAGAGGCAAACAGGGAAUUCGAAACGCAAUGGGAAAACAGUACGUUCCCAGGAUGGCCAAAAGAAACUGGCAGUGCUCUUACUCAUGUCGGAGCUCAUUUGGAACUGUCUGCUUUCUCAUCAUGGGAGGAGCUCGCGUCUCUUGGUUUGGAUAGAUUAAAAUCGGCUUUGAUGGCUUUGGGUUUAAAAUGUGGCGGUACUCUCGAGGAGAGAGCCCAGAGACUUUUCAGUACGAAAGGGGAGGCUUCUUUAGAUCCAAAUUUACUAGCCAAGAACAAUAGAAAUAGGAAAUCUGGAAAGGGAAGAAAUUCUGAAAAGCAAAAGGAGAUAGCCUGUUUGGAAGCACAAGUAUACAGGCUCGCGGAAUUGGUGUCCACUCAGCGAGUGGCCACAAAAGAAAAUGUACAAAGGAAACAAGCUAGAACAGAAGGUGAGAGAGGAGAUUCCGAUGCUGAAGCUAGCGCUAGCGAAUCCGAGGAAGAAGAUGACAACGAAGUUCCUUACAAUCCUAAAAAUCUUCCUCUCGGGUGGGAUGGUAAACCUAUACCGUAUUGGUUGUACAAAUUGCAUGGAUUAAAUAUCAGCUACAAUUGCGAAAUAUGCGGAAACUUCACAUACAAGGGACCAAAAGCUUUCCAAAGACAUUUUGCCGAAUGGAGACACGCACAUGGAAUGCGCUGCCUCGGAAUUCCAAAUACCGCUCAUUUCGCUAACGUAACGCAAAUCGAAGACGCUCUGGCUCUGUGGGAAAAGCUUAAAGCUCAGAAACAAGCCGAACGCUGGCAGCCAGAGCAGGAAGAAGAGUUCGAAGAUUCUCUUGGGAACGUAGUUAAUCGUAAAACGUACGAAGACUUGAAACGACAAGGUCUUUUGUAAUAUAUUCAUCAGAUACUCUAAGUAUCUUUUAUUAGUUACAAUGUAAUACUUGUAAGAUGUAUGUUUUAAAAGUGAAUGUAACACGAAUAAACAAAUUUUUGUAAUUACACAUCUGUAUACUUGUACGUACAUUUUGAAAAUAAAAAUCAGUUACAUAU